CCGGAGCCCGGCGUGCGCCGGGAGCAGGCUCCGCGCCCCUGCCGCGGACAUGGAAGCUUUCUGCGGGUCCCGCUUCUGGGACUCAAAUCUUACGAUACACACCGAUAACCCAGACCUGACACCGUGUUUCCAGAAUACCAUCCUAGCCUGGAUCCCCAGUAUUUAUCUAUGGAGUGCAUUACCCUUUUAUCUUCUCUACCUAAAGCGCAACAAAAGAGGGUACAUCGUGCUGUCCGUGCUGAGCAGGUUCAAGACGCUGUUUGGUGUCCUGCUGUGGUCCGUGAGCUGGGCUGACCUCUUCUACUCCUUCCACGAGCUCCUGCAAAACAGAACCCCUCCACCAGUCUAUUUUGUGACCCCACUGGUCGUUGGCAUCACUGUGCUGUUGGCUACAUUGCUUAUUCAAUACGAAAGGCUGAGAGGAGUUCAGUCCUCUGGAGUGCUCAUUAUCUUCUGGUUUUUGUCUGUGCUCUGUGCCGUGGGGCCUUUCCGGUCGAAGAUCAUGGCUACAACAGCACAGGGCCAUGUAAAUGAAAGGUUCAGGUUUACCACGUUUUACAUCUACUUUGCUUUGAUAAUCGUGGAGUUGAUCCUUUCGUGUUUUAAAGAGAAGCCUCCGUUUUUUUCCCCUGUCAGUACAGAUACUAAUCCAUGUCCAGAGUUAAAUUCAGGCUUCCUGUCAAGACUGACGUUUUGGUGGUUUACAAGCAUGGCAAUUCAUGGGUACAAAAGGCCUCUGGAAGAAAAAGAUUUGUGGUCGCUGAAUGAAGAUGAUACUUCAAAAAAUAUCGUGCAGCAACUGAGUAAAGAGUGGGACAGAGAAAAAGAAGAAUGCAAACAGAGAGAUGACGUGACAUAUAUGAAGAAAUCGAACCAUGUGCUGAAUCAUGUUGGAGAUGGUCCAGAGGAAGCAGAAGUUCUGAUCAGAGACAAAAAGCACAAUAGGAAACCUUCCUUUCUCAAAGCUUUGCUGAGGACCUUUGGGCCAUACUUCUUAAUUGGCUCCUUCUUCAAGCUGAUACAAGACCUACUUUCUUUCGUCAACCCCCAGCUGUUAAGUGUAUUAAUUGGCUUCAUCAAGAACAAAGAUGCCCCAGCCUGGUGGGGAUUUUUGAUUGCGGCUUUGAUGUUUGUCUGUGCUGUGCUGCAGACACUCAUACUUCACCAGCAUUUCCAGUACUGCUUUGUUACUGGGAUGAGGCUGAGGACUGGGAUCACUGGAGUGAUAUACCGCAAGUCCUUAGCCAUCACAAACUCAGCGAAGCGCUCAUCUACUGUGGGAGAAAUUGUCAACUUGAUGUCAGUGGAUGCCCAGCGUUUCAUGGACCUGAUGACUUUCCUGAACAUGUUGUGGUCUGCACCACUCCAGAUAUUUCUGGCUUUGUAUUUCCUCUGGGAGGCUUUAGGGCCUUCUGUGGAACAAAUGCGAUAUAAAGACUCCCGCAUUAAAUUAAUGAAUGAGAUCCUGGGUGGCAUCAAGGUGCUGAAGCUGUAUGCGUGGGAACCAUCCUUUUCACAAAAGGUCCUGGAGAUACGAAAGAACGAGCUGCGAGUUUUGAAAAAAUCUGCUUAUCUCAAUUCUUUGUCCACCUUUGCCUGGAUCAGCGCCCCGUUCCUGGUAGCGCUGACGACAUUUGCCGUCUAUGUCUCAGUGGAUGAGAAGAAUAUCCUGGAUGCAGAAAAGGCUUUUGUCUCCCUCUCCUUGUUCAAUAUCUUGAAGUUUCCCCUCAAUAUGCUUCCACAAGUCAUUAGCAAUAUUGCGCAGACAAGUGUUUCCCUAAAGAGAAUUCAGCAGUUCCUGAGUCAUGAUGAACUUGAUCCAAAUUGUGUGGAAACAAAGGUGAUUUCACCAGGCAAUGCCAUCAGUGUAACAAAUGCCACGUUCAGCUGGGGAAAGGAGCUUAAGCCAACUUUGAAAGAUAUAAAUAUGUUGGUCCCCAGUGGUGCUUUGGUUGCCGUUGUUGGCCAUGUUGGCUGUGGGAAGUCUUCUCUGGUGUCUGCUCUCCUGGGUGAAAUGGAAAAGCUGGAAGGAGAAGUGGCUGUGAAGGGUUCUGUUGCUUAUGUGCCUCAACAAGCCUGGAUCCAGAACGCUACGCUGAAAGAUAACAUUUUGUUUGGCCAAGCUCCUAAUGAGGAAAAAUACCAAAAUACCCUGGAGGCCUGUGCUUUAAAAACUGACCUGGAAGUGCUGCCAGGAGGAGAUCAGACUGAGAUAGGAGAGAAGGGCAUCAACCUGUCAGGUGGGCAGAGGCAGCGCGUGAGCCUCGCCCGUGCCGUGUACAGCGGCUCUGACAUUUACCUGUUAGAUGAUCCCCUGUCUGCCGUGGACUCGCACGUCGCAAAGCACAUCUUCGACAAAGUCAUCGGUCCAGAUGGGGUACUCAAAGGAAAAACCCGAAUUCUGGUGACCCAUGGCAUCAGCUUCCUACCUCAGGUAGACCAUAUAGUUGUCCUGGUCGAUGGCAAAAUCUCUGAAAUGGGAUCUUACCAAGACCUUCUGAAACAAAACAAGGCCUUUGCAGAAUUCCUGCGAAAUUAUGCACUGGAUGAAGACAUUGAAGAGGACGAACCAACAAUGCUGGAGGAGGAAGAAGUCCUGCUGGCUGAAGACACCCUCAGCAUCCACACCGACCUGGCGGAUAACGAACCGGUGACCAACGAGGUCCGCAAACAGUUCCUUAGGCAACUUAGUGUAGUGUCUUCUGAGGGAGGAGAAUGUCCCAACAAAAUGUCAACGAAACGAAGAGUCUGUGAGAAGAAGCCAGCAGAGCCUCCUCUGCCAAGAAAAAAUGCUAACGAGAAACUUAUUCAGGCUGAAACCACUGAAACAGGCACGGUGAAGCUAUCAGUGUUCUGGCAAUACAUGAAGGCUGUCAACCCUGUCCUUUCUUUAGCAAUAUGUUUCCUAUAUUGCUGUCAAAAUGCUGCUGCCAUUGGGGCCAAUGUGUGGCUCAGUGACUGGACCAAUGAGCCAGUGGUGAAUGGGACUCAGCACAACACAGCCAUGAGAAUCGGAGUCUACGCUGCCUUGGGCCUCUUGCAAGGGCUGAUAGUGCUGAUCUGCUCCUUCACGCUGGCCAUGGGAGGCAUCAACGCCGCCCGGACGCUCCACGCUGCGCUGCUGGAGAACAAAUUUCACACCCCACAGUCCUUCUACGACACCACCCCGACCGGCCGCAUCAUCAACCGCUUUUCCAAGGACAUCUACGUGAUCGAUGAGGUCAUCCCACCAACCAUCCUGAUGUUCCUUGGCACAUUCUUCACCUCCGUAUCGACCAUGAUUGUGAUUAUAGCGAGCACUCCGCUCUUUGCCGUGGUUAUAGUUCCACUUGCAAUUCUGUACUUCUUUGUUCAGCGAUUCUACGUCGCCACCUCCCGCCAGCUGAAGCGCCUGGAGUCCGUGAGCAGAUCUCCCAUCUACUCCCACUUCUCAGAGACAGUGUCAGGGGCCAGUGUCAUCAGAGCCUACAGGAGAGUGAAGGCCUUUGUAGACAUCAGUGAUCUGAAGGUGGAUGAAAAUCAGAAGAGUUACUACCCUGGGAUAGUAUCAAACAGGUGGCUGGGCAUUCGAGUUGAGUUCGUGGGGAACUGCAUUGUCCUUUUUGCUGCCCUUUUUGCUGUGAUUGGUAGAAACAGCCUGAAUGCUGGCCUGGUGGGACUGUCAGUGUCUUAUGCGCUACAGGUGACCUUGUCUCUGAAUUGGAUGGUCCGAAUGACUUCUGAACUUGAAACUAACAUUGUGGCUGUGGAAAGAAUAAAAGAAUAUUCAGAAACUGAAACAGAGGCUCCCUGGAUCAUUGAAGGCAAGAGUCCCCCAGAAGACUGGCCAUCCAAGGGAGAGCUGGAGUUUGUGAAUUACUCAGUGAGGUACAGGAAGGGUCUGGAUCUGGUGCUGAAGGGGAUAAACCUCCAAGUCCAUGGUGGGGAAAAGAUUGGAAUUGUUGGCAGAACCGGAGCAGGGAAGUCCUCCAUGACGCUCUGUCUCUUUAGGAUCCUGGAAGCUGUAAAAGGGGAAAUUAAAAUUGAUGGCGUGAAAAUUUCAGAAAUUGGUCUCCAUGACCUUCGAUCGAGGCUAACAAUUAUUCCUCAGGAUCCUGUUCUCUUUUCUGGAACAUUGAGGAUGAACCUGGACCCAUUUAAUAAGUAUUCAGAUGAGGAAAUAUGGAAAGCCCUUGAACUGUCUCAUUUGAAGAGGUUUGUCAGCAGUCAGCCGUCCAUGCUGGACUAUGAGUGCUCAGAGGGUGGAGAGAACCUCAGCGUUGGCCAGAGGCAGCUCGUGUGCCUGGCCAGGGCCCUCCUGCGCAAGACCAGGAUCCUGAUCCUGGACGAGGCGACGGCGGCCAUCGACCUGGAGACGGACGAUCUCAUCCAGAUGACAAUCCGGACCCAGUUUGAGGACUGCACGGUGCUGACCAUCGCACACAGGCUGAACACCAUCAUGGAUUACACGAGGGUUCUUGUUCUAGACAAUGGAACCAUAGCUGAAUUUGACACACCUGCAAACCUUAUAGCAGCAAAGGGCAUUUUCUACAGUAUGGCCAAAGAUGCUGGACUGGCAUGAAGAGAAGACCCCUUGGGUUUUGGUUUGGUGUUUUUUUUAAUAUUACUGACUUGCCACAAAAGUGACUUGUGAAUGUACUGUAAUUUUACAAAACAUUUUUUGUAGUAGACUCAACUUGUGAUAUGUGAACAAAGUAUUUUACAAUUACAAGGACCAGAAAGUGAAUUUUAUAUUUUUAAAUAUUUUCUAUAUACAUAAAGUAUUUUAUUAUAUGCUUUUUUUUUCCCAAAGAAGGCCAAACAUUCUGCCAAGAAAAUGUAUGUACUGCAGGGCAAUAAGUACUGCAUUCAGGUUUGUAAUUAGUAAAUUAUAUUAAUGGUACAAAA